AUAAGAAAAUGGCAUCUAACAAAAUCUCAUUCUUCGUGGUUCUUUGCCUAUGUGUUCUCUCAAACGCAGAGUUUGGAGAGGCACAGAGCCAUACGGGGAGACCAUGCCCAGAUCCACACGGUGCGGACAAAAAACGUGACUGUGAUAUUUACUGUAUUCAGAUAGGUUUUCUCGGUGGUUAUUGCCAAGGCUACACCGGUCAUUAUAUGUGUGAAUGUUAUGUAGGAUAAACACAUACAAACAUCUCACUGAUCUAAAUUUCUUCUCGUAUGUAAACAUGUAUCUCUCCUCUUGGAUACUUGUCUUGUCAGUUUCUAAUCAUUAAUAAAUAGUGGGA